GUGAAAGGAACAGCAGUUUAAAACAUUGGACUACUCCACAGUGCGACACAGUGUUAUCAUAUCUAAGCACAAGUGUGAAUAGUUUCCAUAAGGAUACUACAACAGCACCCCGCAUCACCUACGCAACAGGAAUUCAAGAAUUUGAAGCCUUUGCAUCAGGAGAUAUAUUUCUUACAACCAGAACGAAAUAAUUUGCUUGAAUCUAGAGUCAUGUGGCCGAAAGAAAUUUGGCUGUGUAUUUCGCUAGUGGCGGUCAUCUUACAACAUGGGUCGACUGUGUUCGCCAAGAAGAUCUUCUGCUACUACAGCAGCUUCGCCCAGACACGUCACAGCGUCGGCAACUUCCUGCCCGAGAACAUCAACCCUUUCCUCUGCACCCACAUCAUCUACGCCUUCGUCGACAUCUCCACGGAUGGGCGGGACCUGAGACCGUUCAACCGUAACGACCACGGUCAGAACGGUCUGUACGCCAGGACUCUAGCACUGAAGGAAAAGAACCCGGAUCUGAAGGUCCUACUGGCUGUAGGGGGGUGGCAGAUCGGCUCCAAACCUUUCAUCCCCAUGAUCAAAGAUGAGUACACCCGGAGUGUGUGGAUAGGCAACGUCAUCAGCUAUCUCAGAAGGCACGGUUUUGAUGGCUUCGAUGUUGAUUGGGAAUUCCCGGCUACAAGGGGAAGUCCCGCAGAUGAUAAAUAUAGAUUUACGCUUUUGAUGAAGGGCCUGUACGAAGCUUUUGAAGAAGAGGCCAGAGAAUCAGGCAAAGAGAAACUGCUGCUAACAAUGGCGACCGCUUCCGGUACUUACUACAUAGACCAGAGCUACGAGCCCAGUAAAAUCAUAAACUACAUCGAUUACAUGCUGCUGAUGACCUACAACUACCACGGUCAGUGGGAGAAGGUCACAGGUCACCACAGUGGACUGUACCCCCACAAGAAUGACCCCAAGUCAGGCGAGAAGGCCCAGCUGUAUCAGGAAUGGUCGAUCGACUACUGGCUGAAUGUGGGCAUCUCUAAAGACAAGUUGAUCGUCGGCCUCCCCACCUACGGGAUGUCCUUCACCCUGGCUGACCCCUCGGACCACGGACUGCACGCCCCAGCGGCGGGCGGGGGUAAGAUGGGCGACUACACUCGCGAGACUGGCAUCCUGGGAUACUACGAGAUCUGCCUGAAUCUAAAAGACAAAGGCUGGCAGUCUGAAUGGAUCGAUGACCAGGCCGUCCCCUACGCCUAUGGAGGUGACCAAUGGGCAGGCUAUGAGAACAAGAAGAGUAUCGCCAUCAAGUCCAACAACAUCAUGACCCGUGACCUGGCCGGAGCGUUCGUCUGGUCAGUCGAGAUGGAUGACUUUGGCGGCGUGUGUGGGGAGGGUCAGUACCCCCUCCUGUCCACGAUUGUUGAGAUCAUUGGUGGCGGCUCACCGAGCCAACCAGCAGCAAGACAAGCAGCCAAUCAGCACCGACCCCGGCACGGGCUCGCCGAGGUCGUGACCCCACAGAAACCCCCACCCCACCUCUCGGCUGCCGAGAAAGCUGGCGCCAACCCGCAGCUGAAGAAACUGAAACGCAAACUUGGCUGGGCCACGACUUCUAGGACGCCCGUCCCAGAACCCGACACCACGACACCCAAGGUGUCCGACACCACGACCCCGGACAGCGACCCUGCCACCAAACCCCCGGGCUGGUGGAGCCAGAAGCUGUGGAAGAAGGCCAGGCAGCACCACCCCAAGACGACCACGACUCAGACCACGACCGUGACCGCCAGCCCCGCCCCCGCGGCCACUCAACUUCCGCCUGCGCCGAAAAAUGGGGUCAGAAAAAGUGGAGCUAAAAAUAGACCGGCGUCUUUGGACCAGCCAAAAGACAAAGUGGCCCACGAGUUCGUGUCCAGCGAAGUUCACGAGGUCAAGUCCUGGCAGACGACACCCUGGUGGUCAGGUGGCGCCCCCAAGCUCAGGCCCGGGGACGGGCAGUUCUACUUGAACGCCAUGCCGACCGGCAGACCGGGCUUUGGUCUACAAAAAGAACCGACGCCAUCCCCGACCCCAGCAACCACACCCUCACCAGCAGCAGAGGACGCUGAAAAUGCUGAAGCAGAAGACUACGAGUACGAGGAGAUCGAGAUCGACUGUCGUCUGCUGGGUGUCGGCACGUUUGCAGACCCGAGUUCGUGUGAGCACUUCAUCAUCUGCCUGGGUGGUGGGUGGAUGAACUUCCCCCCACACAUCAUGUCCUGCCCGUCUGGAACUAGGUUCGACCCCCAACUCAAGAUCUGCAACUACGCCGAGAUAGUGCCCUGUAACUUGUAGACUAUGUCCCUUGUAUCUUGUAGAUUAUGUCC